GUUGCAAAGCCUAAUGUGCGUGUUUUACUAAAUUGUAGCCUAUUUGUGCAACUAUCUUAAGUAACCAAUUUAUGUCGUGCAAUAAUAUUACAACACAUGUUUUCUCGUCUACAAAUGUGUCUGCAAAAUGUUCUAUAAAACAUACAUAAGCUUACAGAAUCAACGUGUAUAACAUAUGUGGGAAAUAUCUUGCUAAACAUCUUGGGUAAUGAUCAACUCACCAAUAUUAACGCAUGCAUUGAUAUAGUAGCAAAUUCGCUUUGAACAAUUGUUAUGUUUGAAAAGAUUUUGAUGACUGAAGUUUCGUAAACAAAAGUUUUCUAGAUAUUGCUUUGCACGAUCAUAUAACACUAUGGCACCCUCUGCUGGGGGCUUGAAUCCUUGCAUGUCUAUUGAAUUACUUUAUUAAUUGUCGAUGUCUAUGACACGUUGCAAAUGUCAAUAUCAGAGAAACUCUAUUUGCAUUGCUUUACAACUACUUUGAAUGCCGGCAAAAACUUUUGUGUUCAGAUAUUUAUUUAUGAUUGUGUCAAAAAUAAACAGUGAAUCAAGACAUUAAGCCUAUCCCUGUCUACCUGACUGUUGCCUCUGCUGUUUUUAUUGGCCUAGUACAGUACAAAUGUGGAUGCUAACCACUGCUUUAUGUAGCCUAAUAGAGACAGUUUAUCAUGGAGGACUCCACAGAAUUCAUUCUCCAGGAUCAAGGCUCCAGGAUGGUCCAUAGCAGUAAGGACAACCCCAUCCUGACAGUUGCUACUGGGGCUUUGCUCGCUGGCCUCUACGGCAUGUGGACUAUGUUUGCCCUUCCUGGCUUCCGCAAAGUUCCAAGAAGACUCAAGGUGCCUUACCUGCCCUCGAGUAAAGCUCAGAUCGUAAACGUCAUGCAGCUGCUGGAGGGACGCAGAGGCCAACUAGUUGAUCUGGGAUCAGGAGACGGGAGACUGGUGUUUGCUGCCUACUCUGUUGGCCUCCAGUGUACUGGAUUUGAGAUCAACUCCAUGUUGCUGGCAUAUGCUAGAGUGAAGGCACGCUGGACAGGAGUACCACCGAGCCAGGCAAACUUUGUCAACAAGGACUUCUGGAAGACUGAUUUGUCAAACUACAACAAUGUGACUGUAUUCCUAGCCCCAGGAUUGAUGGAGGUGCUGUGUGAGAAGCUUCUGAGGGAGCUUCCUGAUGACGCGUGUGUCGUCGCCUGCCGCUUCCCCUUCCCCCAGUGGCCUCACCGAGCCUCGCAGGGCGACGGCCUCGACCAGGCCUGGGCCUAUGACAUCAGCACUGUACGCUCAGCCCUGGGCCAGGCAUGACCCUAUGACCUUAUACUGUGCAUCGAUGACUGGAUUAAUCCUAAUGUCAUUCACUGGUUCACACCAAACCCAAUAUAUGCUAAUUGUCACCCCAAAUCAAACCCAGUAUCGCCAACUGCUUCUGUCUUUGUGGACAUUUUAUUUUUUGAUUUAUUCAAAAGGCACUCGCACAUCUGAGCUAUCUUUGUUGCAGGUGCAUGGUAACAGUUGAACAAGAUUAGAAAAAAGAAGAAACCAGCACAAUGCUCUUGAUAGUAUCACUGCUCUUUAAUAAGCUCUACGUAUCGGCCUCAUGGCCUUCCUCAGAGCAUUUGUGAGUUAAAAAAAAUGUUUUUACACCCUUAUGUAGACAUAGCUCCACCCACAUCCGUUCAAUGCAUCGAAUGGGAUUGGAGUUGAGGGAAAAUUCUUAGAAUAUUUAUGUUAUAUUGGUUAUAUUUUGUAAUGCUUAUAACAAUAUAACUUUAAACCGUCCCCUCGCCCAUACCCGGGCUCGAACCAGGGACCCUCUGCACACAUCAACAACAGUCACCCACAAAGCAUCGUUACCCAUCACUCCACAAAAGCCGCGGCCCUUGCAGAGCAAGGGGAACCACUACUUCAAGGUCUCAGAGCAAGUGACGUCACCGAUUGAAACGCUAUUUAGCGCUAACUAAGCUAGCCGUUUCACAUCCGUUACGCUUACUUAAGUGUUAACAUAAAAUAUAUUAAACGGGUGUUGUUGGAAGUAGACUAAAGUGCAGCGUGGUCAGCUACAUUUUCCUUUUAUUGUAAAAUGUCGGCAACAAAACAACAAACGAAAGCAACAACCGUGAAGCUUACAGGGCUAACUGCCACAAACAAAGUUAACUACCCACACUGAAGGAGGGGAAAAGGGCUACCUAAGUUUGAUUCCCAAUCAGAGACAACGAUAGACAGCUGUCCCUGAUUGAGAACCAUACCCGGCCAAAACAUAGAAAUAAAGAAACAGAGCACAAAACAUAGAAUUCCCACCCCACAUCACACCCUGACCUAACCGAAUAGAGAAAUAAAACGUCUCUCUAAGGUCAGGGCGUAACAACACGUCUGUCAAACCACAAUGAGGACAUCAACCCAUCAAGCAAGUUUUCAUAAAUCAUUGGUUACAGCGCAAAAAAACAGAGUAAUUUGAAAUGGUGGCAUUAAUUCAUGUUCACAUUUACAACAUAACGUAUAAAGGCAUUACAUCAUUAAGUCCUUUAGGAAAUAAUGUCUGGAGGGUGAAAAUCCCAAAACAAUUGUCUUUUGCUCAGUGUUAUCUAUAUCGCCUCCCAUGUCUGAUAUCUUCACUUUCUCUAUGCCACAAAUUCUAAAGGUAGAAAUAUAAUGUUUUUGGUCUUUAACAUGUACUGUGACUAGAUAAUGCCUGUCGUUUCUCCUGAUUGAACUAUUACGUUCACUAAUUGUCUGUUUGAGAGAAGCAGAGGUUUAACCUACAGAACACAGCCCACGUGGACUUUUAAUCAUGUAAAUAACAUGGGUGGUGGAGCACGUAAUGAUGUCAUUUAUUUGGAACCGUUUUCUUGUAUGUGGGUGGCAGAAAUAUUCACACUCCAUCAUAUUGUUGCACUGUGCACCAUUCAGAAGAUGGCGUUAAAGAGCCCGGCUCAUUUUCUUUUGUGGCUGGCAGUUGGCAUGCACCAAUUUCUCGCGAAAAUUCCUUCCUCCUAUAUACAAUAAAACGUGGAUUCUUAAAUUCAGCUGGCAGAGCUGGGUCCGAUGAUAAAACAUGCCAGUGUUUCCUGACAUCAUAUCCCACUUUGCGCGAGUGCAAAGUAUAUGUGGAGGUGAACAUUACAGAGUGUUCUUUAGCUUUAGUGGAUCUUUUUUGUAGCAGUUCAUCUCGUGUUUUCACUCAUUCCAAAUGAAGAGCUUCAUCCACACAUUGUAAUACUAGCAAGAGCAGUUUGUUGAUUUAUUGAACAAUAUAUGAAGGGUGAGGUGUGUGCCAAGCUUCAUUGGUCAAAUGUAAAGGAAUGGAAUUAUAAACAUGUCCUUACACUGUAAUUAAACCAGGUGCCAGAUACUCUAUGUCCCAUGAGAACAAAUAUGCAGAUAAUUUGAAGUAUUAGUAUCCCACUGUGGUGUGAAAGUAAGGUUGCAAACUGUGAGAGAAAUUAAUACAAUUCUAUUUUCUGGA